UUCUUCUCAUUCAAUUUCACCUCCCGACUAAUUCUCGUUCCUCGCCGGCGCCGCUAGCGCGAUCAAGGACAUCGCCAGCACCGGCGGCACCUUAACCCUUCUCAUUUUCGAAAACGCGUGGGACUCUCUUACUUCUCCUUCCAUCCACCAAAUCAGGAUCCGUCAUGGAUGAUUCGGUGAAGCUCUUCCGCCCCACCGCUACUCGCGGUCGCCACUUGUAGCCGGUGAUGUUGCCAGCGUCGCCAGCGUUGCACGCGAGAAACACCCAAUUCUCUUCUUCUUACACAAUGCGAGGCCACCCCAGAGUGCCAUCCACGCACAAAGUCACUUUGUUCUCAUUUUUUUCUCUUGAGAUUUUUUCUUCCUCUCUAUUGGGAUUGUGUUGUGUUGAUUGUUAGUUUGAUUGUGCUAUUCGGGAAUGGAGGUGCUGGCUGUGUUCUAUUGUGAAAAGGAUAAACCGAUGCGGAACAGUGGAGCCUGCGGAAAUUGAGUGUGCUUGAUGGUGGGUGAUGUUGAAGGAGAUGAAAGGUGUGAGGUGCAGUGACGAUGAAGGUGCGAAAAAAUUGAACAAGAACGAAGAUGGUGGUCAUGGUCGUGGAUGGUGACGAAGGAGUGUGAAAAUGGAUUCUGGGAACAAAUAAGAUAUGUCAGACACAAAUAUCAUCUCACCUCAAUCCGCAAUGCCUCUAGUAGGCUUUCUCCGGCUCGCAUAUGCUAUCUGCUGAUAUUUCGGCUUGGACUCAUGAGGGACUACCUGCGGACAAGACUCCGACGAUCAAGUCAUAUGGCGCAAAUGGGAAAGAAAUAUCUAAUGCUUUUUCAGAUGUUAAGGAAGGAAAAGGCGGCGAAGGCCAAGGCUGCUGGGAGCACUACGGUGCCCAACUUACAAGAAUCUUUGGUUGACGUGCAUGCGCACAGGGGAACAAAGAGGAAGGCUGAGUUGCCGGCCAGGCCCGGCAAGGGGAAGGAUGUGAAAAAGGUAAGGGCUGCUUUGUUGGGGUCGGGUUCGUCUUCUGGUGAGAAGGGACCAGAAGCCAGGUUGAUCGAGUUGUCGGAGACGAUUGUCCGGCGUGAUAUUGAGAUAAAUGUGUCGGAAACCCUAAUAAACUCGAUUGAUAGUAAGGAGCCAAACGCACUGGUGGGGGCCAUGGUGGAAUUUAAUAGUAAGGCGCUACUAUUGGGUCGUAGGGUAGGUUUUCUAUAGCAGAGGGAGCUGAGGGAAGGGAAUAGAGCGAAAGUUGAAGAGCUGCAAAGUCAAGUGGAUAAACAUGCUGAUGAGAAAGUGGCCUGGGAGAAGGAAAUAAAGGAAUGACUGGAGGAGAAAAAGAGGCUGGGGACUUGGAAAGUACGCUGCUUGGACUCGGAGGAGAAAUUGAAGGGCAUGAUUGCGGAUUUGGAGGCUGAUUAUGACGAAUUAAAGGAGAAACAAGAGGGUUUGGAAGUUGAGUUGGAGGACCUUAAAGGUUGCAUAAUUCAGGAACAUAUCAAUGGGUUUCAGAAGGGCGUGAGGCAGGCGGCCUUCUUUUUCAAAGACAUAGAUCAGUCGGAUUCCAGAUUUGAUGUGAACAAGGACGUAGUUGAUGGCCAACUCAUAAGGAAAGUCGAGACUAGUCCUGAGGAGGAGGCAAAGAGGGUGGCGAUUGAUGAAGAUAUGAAUGCUGAAGAGACGGUGGUUGUGGAAGGUGAUGAUGAAAAGGUAGCUUAGAAUAUAGGCUUUAUUUUUACUAUUUGUUAAGAAUUCUAAGUCUGUAAUAACCAGUACACUAUUUUUUCUUUCUUUUCAAAUAUGAUGUAUGUUCCGGAUAUUUGUUGCGUUGGUUGAUGACGAUAGUAUAUUGUGUAGGAACGCACUUGUUGAA